ACACAUUUGCCCGAGAAAUCUGUUCAACUCUCAUUCUUCUUUUCUCUUGCGACGAAAAAUCAGGAGAGCUCAAGCAUAAUCCAUGGCGAGCGAGAACGAGCCUGCAAAGCUUCUUUUGCCGUACCUGCAACGAGCCGAUGAGUUGCAAAAGCACGAACCUCUCGUAGCUUAUUACUGUCGAUUAUUUGCGAUGGAACGGGGCUUGAAGAUUCCUCAGAGCGAGAGGACCAAGACCACCAAUUCUCUCCUUAUGUCUCUCAUUAAUCAGCUUGAAAAGGAUAAGAAAUCACUGAAGUUGUCACCUGAUGACAAUUUGCAUCUGGAGGGUUUUGCCUUAAAUGUUUUUGCAAAAGCAGACAAACAAGAUCGUGCUGGAAGAGCAGAUUUGAAUACUGCAAAAACAUUUUAUGCUGCAAGCAUUUUCUUUGAGGUUCUAAACCAGUUUGGUCCUCUCGCUCCUGAUCUGGAGCAGAAACAGAAGUAUGCAGUGUGGAAGGCUGCAGAUAUAAGGAAAGCCUUGAAAGAAGGGAGGAAGCCCAAUCCUGGCCCUCCUUCUGGUGAUGAUGAUCUAUCGGCUUUAGCGAGUACACCUAGCAUGGCUCAUGAUCUUCAGCCAGGUGGAACUGCAGUUACUAGUCCUAGGACAGAACCUGAUCCAUCACCUCAGUUCCAUAACAAAGUUAAUCAGCAUUCUUCUGAAAUUCGGCCUCCACAUCAGUUCCAAGAUGACAUUAACAGACAGCACUCUACAGAUAUUCUGCCACCAUCUCAGUUCCACACUAAUGUUAACAGCCAGUAUUCUGCAGAUAUUCUGCCACCGUCUCAGUUCCAUGAUAAUGUUAGCAGUGAGUAUUCUGCAGAUAUUCUGCCACCGUCUCAGUUCCAUGAUAAUGUUAGCAUUCCACCAUCAUGUUCUUCCUAUAUGACUUCCAGUUACCCUACACACGAUCUUCCUCCUCCAGCAAACAGACCUGAGAACUCCACAUAUUCUCA